UAACAAUGAUCCUAUGCCACUGGCCAGUGGCCACUAUGACAGUCAUAACCACACAUGCCACAACCAAGCCUGCCAGUUGCCACCAAAUGCCUUGUAACUAACAGAAGUUUGCAACCUAUUUUGACAAAUGUGCCUUCAUAUCUCAGUGAAGUUUUUCAUGGCAUUUGUUUUUUCAUAUAUGUAAUUUUUCAGGUUUUAUCAAUUGUCAUAUUGGUAGUGGUGAAUUUAUGGUGAUUCUUUUUAUUUUGAAUUAAUAUUUUGGGGAUAUCAUUAUAAUGCCAAGUCAGGCUGAAAUCCUGAGAGAAUUGGGAGUAAGUGAUGUUCCUGGCGGGGCUCAACUGGCUGGUGGUGUGCCCAACAUCAAUGCCAAUGACCUUGGAAAUGAUCCCACCAUGGAAGGCAUGUGGGCGAUGAAGGCAAUGGAGCAUGCAGAAAUACACUUUAAUAUUUUGUGUGUUGUUGACCCAAAGUCGUUGAAACUUACCCAAAAAGAUCAGAUGUUGUAUGAUGCCUUCAGAGAAGAAUUCCCAAACUUCAAUGUUGAAUGUCUUGAUGAAAAUGCCUUAAAAAGUAAAGAAGCUAAGGAGAAAUGGAGACCUUUCAUGAACAAUCUCAAGACUGAAGUGGAAGAUUUCAGCUUUGCUACUCUGGUCCGCAUCAAAGCCAGUGGGGAGUACAACGAGGAGAACACCAUACUCGUGACCCGUAUCCAGUUUUUAUGCAUUGAAAUCGCACGUAACAGGGAAGGCUUCAAUGAUAACAUAAGACACGAGUUUAAACCCAAACCUCGUUCCAAGGCGACAUAAUAUCCCAGAUAAAAGAUUAUGUACUGAAAA